AUGUUGGCACCGACUAUCAAAACACACCACCAGUAUGCCCAACUCGGAUACGAGGUUGAAAGCGGCGACGAAGUGCCGGCAAGACAGUCGCGGUUGAGACAGUACUGGAAGCACGGGAGAAUACAUCUGUUCUAUGCGAUUCUUCUCAUCCUCGUAGCCUCCGCAAGCAGGCAUUCUUCUUCGAGUCAAACACAGCCGAGAUACUAUGGCGAUGAACCCGUCAAGUCGGAGCUUCAACUAUCAACCGUGCGCAAGACAUUUGAACUGGACCUGAAGUACGCCAUGCCCCCGUCCCCGGAGGUCGACGAAGCCUGGGCGUCUCUCCUGCCCAAGGAAGGCGGCUUCUUCAAACACCCCAAGCUGGCGCCCCAGAAGAGCUGCGUGGCCGUCUUCCACCAGCUCCACUGCCUCGACAUGAUCCGACAGACCCUCUACGAGGCGCGGCCCGACUUUGCGGCGCGGUCCCGCAACGACACGGGCGCAAGGGGUUCUCGCACGGCGGCGGCGGCGGCGGCGGGGCAUCACAGGACCGAGCACGACCACAACCACGCUCACGACAUGUACCACGUCGGCCACUGCUUCGACCUCGUGCGCCAGUCGAUCCUGUGCAAGCCCGACCUGACGAUCGAGGUCGGGGACCCCGCGAUCGGCGGCGUGACGGGGUUCGGCACGGAACACCAGUGCGUCGACUGGCGGCAGCUGAUGGAUUGGAUGAGGGACCACGAGUGA